AAUUGUGUUGAACAAAUUGAUUUGUGUAUUACACAUAUAAUUAGACGAGCUCAUUUGUGAAAGAUGGCACAGUGGCCUAUUUCUAGCUCACAGAAAGAGGAACGAAUUGAUUUUUCUUCAAAGUUUCGUGAAAAGCCAGUUACAUUUUGGUUGUCAAAAGUUUACGUCAACGAACAUCGCUACAAGUUUGAUGGAAAAGGAGUAAUAUCUUCAUAUGUUGGUACUCAACGAACCAAUAUACCAAAUAGUGUUUCCGUGGUUGGUUGCAUCUCACAACCAAAUGAUGAUGGAUGCAAUCUUAUUCGUCAAGUUCAAACCAGGAUUGACUCACAACAGUAUAUUAGUUUUCUCUUGGAGGUGAUGUCAUCAUAUCCAAAAGUGGAGCCCAUUACAGUUGUUCACAAUAAAUAUCCAGUUUAUAGCAGUCUCAAAGUAACUAAAUGGAUCGGAGAUAAUCCAAGAAUGUCUGUUUUGGAUAGCUGGCCACCAGCUAGUGGUGAUUUGAUGCCAAUUGAUUCAGUGUUCUCAGAAAUUUUGACAGACUUCGACGAACAAGAAAUGCGUGUACACAGUGAAAAAGCUCUUUAUGAAGAAAUCAGAACCACAUUUGUGUCUUUAACUGAAAAAGAUGGUUAUGUAAAGUCUCUUAUUUCCCAAAUCCCAAUUAAGUUGCAAACGAUUGUUUUGAAGAAAGGUGAUUCACUUUGAUUCACCGAUUAAGUAAACUGCAUUGAAACAUUGAUUUCUUGAUCAGGGAAAUAAAAACACAAGAGAGGUUCAAUCGAUUAA